AUGACGCUUGAUACAGAUGAGUGCACAUCGGGUCCAUGUUACAACAACGCCACCUGUCAUGACUUUGUGAACUACUACACCUGCGAGUGUGGGCCUGGAUGGGAGGAUACCGACGAGUGCUCGUCUAACCCAUGUUACAACAACGCCACCUGUCAUGACUACGUGAACUACUACAUGUGUGAGUGUGGACCUGGAUGGGAGAGCGUCCACUGCGAAAUUAAUACAUAUGAGUGUGGCUCGGACCCAUGUUACAACAGCGCCACCUGUCAUGACUACGUGAACUACUACACGUGCGAAUGUUGGCCUGGAUGGCACGGCGUUCAUUGUGAGAUCAAUACCGAUGAGUGUUCCUCCAACCCAUGUUACAACAACGCCACCUGUCAUGACUUUGUGAACUACUACACCUGCGAAUGUGGACCUGGCUGGGAGGGCGUCCACUGCGAAAUUAACACGGACGAAUGUGCUUCCGGCCCAUGUUACAACAACGCCACCUGCCAUGACUGGGUGAACUACUACACCUGCGAGUGUGACUCGGGGUGGGAGGGUGUCCACUGCGACAUCAAUACAAAUGAGUGUGCUUCAGAGCCGUGUUACAACAACGCCACCUGCCAUGAUUGGGUGAACUAUUACACCUGCGAGUGUGGACCAGGGUGGGAAAAUACUCACUGUGAAGUCAAUACAGACGAGUGUGGGUCGAACCCGUGCCAAAACAACGCCACGUGCCAUGAUCACGUCAACCGCUACACGUGCGAGUGUGCUGCAGGGUGGGAGGGCGUCCACUGCCAAAUCAACACAAACGAAUGUGCCUCCAACCCGUGUUUAAACAACGGCAGUUGCCAUGACUACAUCAACUACUACAUCUGUGAGUGUGUGGGCGGCUGGAAGGGAACGCACUGCGACGACAAUAAUGAUGAGUGUAAAUCGGACCCGUGCCAAAAUAACGCCACCUGUCAUGAUGACGUCAACCUGUACACAUGUGAAUGUGGACCUGGCUGGGAAGGAAUUCACUGCGAAAUUAAUACCGACGAGUGUUUUUCCCAACCAUGUUACAACAACGCCACCUGUCAUGACCGUGUGAACUACUACACCUGUGAGUGUGGGCCUGGCUGGGAGGGUGUCCACUGCGAAAUCAAUACAGAUGAGUGUGGCUCGGACCCAUGUUACAACAACGCCACUUGUCAUGACUACGUGAACUACUACAUCUACACGAACGAGUGCGCUUCUGACCCAUGUUACAACAACGCCACCUGCCACGACCAUGUGAACUACUACACCUGCGAAUGUGCACCUGGAUGGGAAGGCAUCCACUGCGAGAUCAAUACGGACGAGUGUGGGUCUAACCCCUGCCUAAACAACGCCACGUGUCACGAUUUUGUGAACUACUACACGUGCGAGUGUGUAGCGGGCUACCAGGGAGUGCAUUGCGAAGACGAUAACAAUGAGUGCGACUCUCUACCGUGCCAAAACAACGCCACCUGUCAUGACUAUGUGAACUACUACGAGUGCGAGUGUGGGCCUGGCUGGGAGGGUGUCCACUGCGAAAUAAAUACGGAUGAGUGUGCCUCCAACCCAUGUCAGAACGGCGCCACCUGCCAUGACUGGGUGAACCGCUACACGUGCGAGUGCCUGCCGGGGUGGGAGGGGGUCCACUGUGAAAUAGAUACAGACGAGUGUGCAUCCAGACCGUGUCAGAACCGUGGGAGAUGCCGUGACUUUAUCAACUUCUACAUGUGCUUCUGUAUGUUCGGCUGGGUCGGCACCAACUGCGAGAUCAGUAACUUCUGUGCUUCAGACCCGUGUCAAAACGGGGCCACGUGUAGCGAGACAGCACCCGGGUUUGACUGCACCUGCGUCUUGGGAUGGGAGGGUCGGACAUGCAACCGCUGGAUCGACCGUCCAUGUGACGUGAACUUCUGUGAAAAUGGCGGGACCUGUAUGCUGCUGGUAGAUGGCGAGAAGUGCUUCUGUACACUGGGCUGGGACGGGAAAAGUUGUGAGAAAGUGUACCUUGGUGACAAUGUGGAGACCGGAUGGAAGCUUGGCGAUUCCAUUGUGAACGGAAACUGGUCGGGAGGGGCCAUUCCUAACAUUGACGGCGACUGCUACCAACCGGAUAGGUUCUUAUUCCGGACCUGGAACACUUGCCGUUUCGGCAAAGAUGGCGGACAGGCAGUCACCAACGAGCAGGCGCACUCUGGGGUUUUCUCCUGGCAUCUGAAGAGAGGCUCUACGUCUACGUCCGAAGGGACCCCGUUCUCCCCUCCCCUCCGAAAACUAGCCGGCAGAGUCGACAAGGGUUACCUUGGCGACGGAGACUCGUUUUAUGUAUCGUUUUGGUUCAAGAUGGCAGCGAGAAGACCCGACGAUUCCCGAGUGGCCGUCGUCGCGGCGAAUCCCACCGGAAACGAACGAUCGUCGAACUACAUGGAAAUAUUCGCCGACGAUGACUUCGGCUUGGCCGUUCGGACGACCGAGAUUUUUCCCAACUAUACAUUUUGUGCACGUACUCAGGACUGCUUUAGAAAUUCUUAUCAUCUCAUAGUAGCCAAUCUACCUAUGGAAGAAUGGCACCGACUGGACAUGACAUUUGUUGCAAGCCCAAGAGACUAUAUGGAUAAAUGGAAGUACGUAGUGGAUGAAAAAGCAAUUCUGAUAGGGGGCGCUUUUCUUGCAGUAGAGAGAUUCGACUUUGGUGAUCCCUACGAGUACAUUAAUCGGAUAAAGUUCCAACCACAGCAUAGAAAUCAGGACAUUCGACAUGCAGGCUUUUAUUUCGACGACAUUUACUAUCGAGUGUUUAACUCUAGUGCCCCGGAUGUGACGCUGGCAGAGUAUGGGACCUCGUUUGAAGCAGGCGACAUCCCAUAAUCCUUUUCGGUCAAUAUCCCAUGAUUCUGCUCGAGCUCUUUCAAAAAUGCCUUCACCCCUGUGGCGUCGCCAAAAAAGUGCCAAGAAGAUUGAUUAGUAAAUACGUUAUUAGAUGUUCAAACCACAUAUGACUUACUUUUAGACUAAAUUGUAACGCAGGGGUCGAAAAUAUAGAGAUAAAGAGAAAAGAAGAAAAUUACCAAUUACUGGCCCUUGUAUAUGUCAAACCAAAUACAUUUGUAAAGUACAAGCUUGCUGCUAUAUCUGUUACAGAGAUAUAUUUCUUGUAAUUGUGUCAUGUAUGUAGUUAUUAGCCAUGUUCAAGAUACUGUCCAAAGAAACAUUCUGUGUUUGCCUCUUGAUCUACAUAUAGUAGAUACCGUUUCAAGAUCUCUUUUUGAAAGUAGGAACACAAACCAACAGACAGUAGUAGGCAGAAAUGUUUAAGAUAUACAGUAACUGUUAUAUAAUAAAACCUAAUACGUUGAAUUUAGUUCGUAAGUAAUCAUAAGACUGAGGGUCAAGACUACGUCAUUCAACAUUACUUCAUUCUGCAUCAUCUUUUAUCGUACUUUUCUGCUGUCAAUCAUAAUUCACAAGUUUCCCCAUUCCCAUGAUGCAUUGCGCCUGGGGGUUACGCUCAACAUUAAUUGACUUACUAUGGGU